AUGAGCCGAAGACAUCGACGAUCAAAAGUCACGCGGGUUGUGAAUCUUGUCAAAAAGAUCAUCGCAUUCUUCUUUUCUCAUAUCGGAUUGUGCGCAUUGGUUGUCGGCUACGCCCUUCUCGGAGCUGUCAUUUUCAAAGCAGUCGAAGGUCCACAUGAAGCAGAGAUACAAGCUCUAGUCAAAUCGGCCCGUUCUCGAGCCGUCGAUGUUGUCUGGAACGCGACGUUCCGUGUGAAUCGACUCGAUUCGAAACAAUGGCGAACAACAGUGAUGAACGAAGUGAAUCACUUCAAGACGAUUGUGAUGCAAUCAAUUCGAAAAGGCUAUGAUGGCAAAGAGUACGGCAAACAGGCGCAAUGGACGUUCACCGGAGCAUUUUUGUACAGUCUGACAGUUAUUACAACGAUUGGCUACGGCAACACAGCAGCGAAAACGUAUAUUGGAAAAACGCUGACGAUGCUCUACGCGAUCAUCGGAAUCCCUCUGAUGCUUCUGUUCUUGACAAAUAUCGGAGAUGUGAUGGCGAAAAUAUUCAGAUUUCUCUACGCUCAAUCGAUUCGUCUCAAAUUUCGACUCAUUCUAUGGCAUAAAAAGAGAAAAGCUGCAAAAAUUCGAAGAGCAAACAGUCUGGUGUCUCGUCUAACAAGGGGACAUCGCGUGAAGACCGAUUCUUCUGUCGAUUCGUUCGGUUUGUGUGGAGGCGCUGACGUCGAAGAUUUAUUAACCGCUAGAGUAGAAAUGGAGCAGCUUGAGGUGCGAGCAACUGCGGCAGCGCAAUUAGAAAGUGCAACAGUGCCAAUAUCCCUUGUGGUGUUCACCAUGUUGGGCUAUCUUGGUGUCGGCACAACCAUUUUCAAGGUCUGGGAAGGUUGGACAUUCCUCGAAAGCUUCUACUUCUGCUACAUUUCGCUGACUACUAUAGGGUUCGGCGAUAAAUUCCCAAGCACAUCCGUGAGCAACACAGAAGAAGCCCAAGAGAAGCUCGUCAUAACUAGCAUCUAUCUCCUAUUCGGAAUGGCUCUGCUCGCAAUGUGCUUUAAUCUGGCCCAAGAGGAAGUUCAAAACAAAACAAGAUGGAUCGCCGAUAAAUUCCGCUCAAAAGACGACGACGAUGAUUGA